AUGUUCCGACUUGAGCAGCAGGGCCGGGGCCCCAUGUUACAGCUUGUCUUCAGCAGCCACAGCGGCAGCGGCAGCGUGCAACACCGCUUCGAGUCGACGUCCAUUUCCCAGUCCCUUGCUGAUAACCCUCAGGUGGCCCGAGCUGUCCUCCCGAGUGCGCAGCAGCGGCGCCAACGGCCUUGUGCUAGUUCGACCAAUUUCCUCCCCAGACAAGCAUUGCGUAUACGCCGCGGCAGCAGCAGCGGCAACGGCGGUGGAGACGACGACGACGACAACGACCAGAACGGCAUCGGCGGUGGAGGCAACGUCCGCUUCGGGUCGCCGACUGGGCUUCCAAUCCACUGCGACAACAUUAACACCAACACCACCAGCAGCACCUCAGCCUUCUUCACCGUCGACAGGAACUUGCUGCUCGACUUCAACGCCGCUGUGCAGCGACACUUACAACGACCGCCGCCUUUCCAGCGCCGCCGGCGUCGCGGCCUGACGACGACAUUGAGAUCAUCGUGGGUCAGCCCCUGUACACGCAGCUUCGUGACGCAUGGCUGGUGCGGUGAUGAUGAUCAUGAUCAUCAUGAUCAUGGUGGUCAUGAUAACGUUGGUGGGUGCUGUAGAACGGUGUGCGUCCGGCAUUAUGCGUAUAUUGGUGCGAUAACAAUUAGGGCUUGGCUGAUACGGCAUACAGUGGUCAUCACCAUAUUAGCGGUAAAUCUGAGUUUUGAGGUCAUUGUGGCGCCCAUGUGGUGGAGCACUAACCCAACAGUGUCGUCGGUGCUCACGUCCAUCGUGUGUUGUCAUCCGUGUGUGCUUCGGGGGAAGCGGAGCCAGCUCCUUUUGUACUUUUUUGUUGUGUUGUUGUGUCUCGGGAAUGCUGCCGAAGACGUACAUACAAACGCACAAGUCAACGUUUACAGGGGGACUAUGUGCAGCUGCAGCUCUGCGGAUGGUGAUGAUUCGUUCGCUAGGGCUGACCUGACCGACGACUUGCUAAUGCACGUAUUUCAGCUCCUUGCGAUGGCCUUUGGGCCUGAUGCACAAGCAGCUUGUCCGCAAGCUGCAGGUCGGCACUUCGCAUGGUUCCGUCGCACUUUGCCCAUUGUCUGCAAGCGCUGGAACGCUUUGUUUGGCGCCGGUGGCAAAUUUCCCUGGAACUCCGUUGUAAUCUCUGUCGAUGCGGAGAUGCCCCGGAGGCGGCGACAUGAUGCUGGAAGCUCCCUUCCCGCAAGUCACGGAGUCGCGGGCUCUUCACCGCCGACCACCGGAUCCUCUCUCCUUUUAUCUUUCGGCAGAACUUCUCUUUCAGCCCUUCCAAAGCUUCGAAGCAAAGUGGUGGUGCAAUGGACAGAAAGCCACGGCGGCGCCAUGCAGCACCUGAUGUUGGACUUGGGCUCAGCCCCAAGUCACGACUUCGAGGGCAGUCGUGCCCUGGACGCCCUGCUGAGGGCUGCCAACCGCGGAGCCCGGGGUCUGCGUACUCUGCGGCUGAUUUGGCCUGACGAACCUUCGGUAGAGCCUGGUAUGUCCGUCCGUACGUCCGUAACCGCUUACACGGCGACAUCUGUACCUAACACAAUACGAGGCGCGUUCUAUCUGUGUGUAUGUGUGUAUCUGCAACAGCUUCACUCGCGCUGGCGGGCAAGACUCGUACGAGAUGUUAGGUCGACUGCGGGGUCUCUGCGAAUUACAUGUCGACGGAUUACAACAGGCAAGAGGGCGGGAGCGGGGGAAAGGGGGAAAGGCUUUCUGGCCGGCACCCUGCCGUACCUGUCCGGUCUGACGUGCCUUACGCGGCUAUCCUUCACACCCAAGACGUUCCAGUUCCCUGUGACGGUGCCGGCCCUCCCGAUGAACCUUAGAGCGCUGCACCUGUCCAAUCUGUGGAUCAGCAGGCUGCCAACCGUUUCAACCGCCGCCCCCCAACUAACCGAGCUCCGUCUCGUCCAAUGUCAUUUGGUGGAGGGGCUCCUGGCCUCCCUGGACAGCUGCUCCUCACUGAGGGAACUUAGAUUGGAUGGGAGCAGACUGACGGACUCCAGGGGGGACUCGAAACCUUGGGAGGCGGCAGUACCGGCAGUAGCAGCCGGCGGCGGCGGCGGGGGAGGGGGGAGCGCAGGUGGCUGGCCAUUCUGUCCUGCGUUGCGCGUGUUGGGUUUGGCGGAAUGCGGUUUGCGAGUGCUGCCGGCGGCGGUGCUGCGGGCCUUCCCUGGACUUGAGGUUCUUGACUUAUCUAACAACCAGAGUCUGGGGGGUGCCGUGGGGGCCCCGGAUGCAGCCGCCCGGACCGCCGCCGCCGCCGACUGUCUGCCCCUGGAGCUCAGCCAGCUUACCUGCUUGCGGGAAGUACGGCUGGCCAAGUGCGGCCUGACUGUCGUACCGGCGGCGCUACUUGCCGUACCCUCCAUCACCUCCCUGGACUUGUACCACAACUCCUUGUCAGCGCUGCCACUGGCGCCCCCCUGGCCGUCUUUGCUGCAGCAGAUGCAGAAAGAGGAGGUGCAGCAGCAGCUGCAGCAGCAGGAGGGGGUUUCGGAGCGGGGUCUUAUGAAUUGCUCCCGCCUUCGCGAGCUGGUGGUGGGGGAGCUGCUGGUGGCGCGAGCCGGGGUAGGAGAGCUGGAGAAGACUUUUUGCAGGGGAGGAGGAGGAGGAGGAGGAGGCGGCAGCUUCCCGCAGCUUCCUCAUCUGCAGGUGUUGGAAGUGCGAGGUGAUAGUUUUGAGCCCCAGGCGGUCCGCAAUUUGCUGGGGCUGCAGCGGGCAGCUGUGACCGCGGGGCGGCCCCGUGUGGUGGUGUCGGGGGGGGAGGAAUGA